AUGCCCGCCGCAGGUGAUACCGUGUCGAGUGUAUUUUGCAAACUCUGCUGGAAAGGAUUCCGCGACAUAGAAAAACACAACAAAACCAAAAUCCAUCUAAAGGGACACGAAGUGAGAUGCAACCGAUGUGUCAGCGAACGGUGGUUUUCUAGUAAAAGCGCGCGGAAGCGUCACAUGGCUUCAAACACCUGCUCUGAGAUUGAUGAGUACCGCUGUUGCGAUUGUGACAUCAGCUUCCCAACCGCAAAGCUCCUUUCGAGGCACAAGGGAGACAUAACAAUCCAUCCACCCCGAGCGGUCCCAGCACACGUCGAACACAACGGCGAUAUAGAAGAGCUCUCGAAAUAUCUGAGCACUGUGACGCUCACCCCGCAUACCGGACCAACGACAUGCCCAGGAAUUGGCUGCAAAAAGUCGUUUUCAAAGUCCUAUGCAAUGCUCACUCACAUCGAAAGCGGGUUUUGCCGUUCAAAGAUCAACCGAGAGCUUAUUGACAAUAUAAUCAUCGCGAACGACCCCACAAAUAUCAUCACAAACCGGGUUGCAGUUGAGGAACGAGCCCAGGACAGAAUCUCCCUCGCCUCCUCCGAGUACUCGGACUCGAUAAAUGGCAGCGGGCUCUUUACGCCUAGUGAUGUGGACAGCAAAUUUGAGGAGUUUGAUAGCGAUACCUUGACGGAUGAUAGUAGGAGUGAGGGAACUAUCGUGCCUCAUAAUCGCUCUAGAGCCUUGGGUCCGGGUUCGGAUUCGGAUUCGGACUCCGACUCCGACUCCGACUCGGACGAGGGGUACCGUUUAGUGCCUAGAGUCGAUGCGCAGCGUCAUGGGCAUCUUAAUACACCAAGUGACUCUGGGGAGAGUGAUGUAUAUAUUCCCAAGCCCAGAACCUCUGUGCAGUCCCAUGGACACCAUUUCAUGUCUUCGGAUGAUGGCGAGAGUGGCAGUUACCUGCAAACCCCCAGUGACUCUGAUGACGGUGUUUACUUAACUCCUAGUGACUCUGAAGACGGUGUUUACUUGACGCCCAGUGACUCCGAGAGCGGUGUUCACCUUACAUCUUCCGACUCUGAACUAUCUGAAGAGGCCAUCAACCAGAUGCUCUCCCUCAGCGGCGGCUCCGUAGUAUUUACACUAUCCACUGACAGCAUCGUCAGCCUGCCGCAGCCAACAAGCAUCAAGUGCCCCCUCUGCCCCGCCACCAGGGCAAAACAGUUUGCGAAUCACGAGGGGCUACACACCCAUCUUCGGUCGUCGGUUCAUCAACCGAAAAUCUACCAUUGUCCGUUUCCAGAUACCCCUGCCAACGAUGCCACUGGUGGCGGUGGCGGUGGUAAGGCGGGCCGGAGAAAGAAGGGGGAGAAGAGGCAGGGGAUGAAGAGCUUUUCGGCGUUGAGCGCGUUGGGGCAGCAUGUGGAUUCGGGGUCGUGUAAAAACGGGCAGGAUAGGUUUGAGGCCACGGUGGCGUUCUUGCAUGAGAAGUUGAAGGAGAUGGGGAUGGCGGAUGUCUGA